AUGUUUCGUUUUAUUGCUAUUGUCACAAUUUUAGUACCUUUAUUUGCAAUUCUAUUUGGUAUUAUAGAAAAUGCUCGAUAUAUAAAUUUACCUAAACCAAAAUAUCUUGGUCCAAUUCAAGAUCGUAUUCCUUUGAAAACAAAUGAAUUCGGUCGCUAUAUGAAACCGAUUUCGAUUGUUGAUUAUUCAUGGGUUUCUUCAUCGAAAUUAUUCAAUUUUCUUUCACUUAAACAUUGGAGUUUUAAAUCUAUUUCAACUUCACGUUAUUUUAUUGUUGCUGCUAUUGCUAAUUUUAAUUAUAUGGCUAAUGGAAUUGUAUAUGUAAUUGAUCGAACAAAUCGAGAAAAGCAAUUUUAUCAAUAUGCAAGUAAAUCUUUUUUAGCACAAGCUAUUAAAGAACAAGCUAAAUCAUCUAUUGAUGGAUGUACUCAUUUUAAUCAAUCUUCGUUAGAAUAUAUUCGUCUUUGUUAUAAUACUAAUGAAAAAGUCUAUGAAGUCGAUGCAAAUGUACCCAUGCAUGAUGGUAUUCAAAUAUCAUUUGGUUUUAAAAUAGAAUAUUCAAAUGAAAAAGAUCAAUCAAUGGUUUUAAUCUAUCCCGUUGAAGAAACUCGUCCAGCCUAUACACAUAAAAUAGCUACUUUACCUGCUCGAGGAAAAAUAAAGAUUAAUAAUAAUAAGGAAGAAGAGUUUCUUGAUGGACUUAGUAGUAUUGAUUGGACAUUAGCUUAUUCAGAAAGGUUAACUCGUUGGAAAUGGAUUUCUCUUUCAGUAGUUGGAACUAAUUCAUCCAAUAAUGAACCUGUGACCAUUGGUAUAAAUCUUUCUGAUAGAGUUUAUAAUGAUAAUAAUGGUAUUUCAAUGGAAAAUGCUAUUUGGAUUGGUGGAAAAGUUCAUGCAGUAAAUCAAAUUGUCUAUGAAUUACCUGAAGAACAAUAUAUAACAACUCAAUUAUGGCAAAUCUAUUCUACAGGAGAUAUUAAUUCUAAAACUCCUAAGAUUCGUCUUAGUUUUCAACCAUGGGGUAGUCAAGAAGAACAUAUCAAUGUGUUUCUUGUAGCUGGAGAUUUUGUUCAAGCUUUUGGUGUAUAUAAUGGAACUAUAGAAUUAUUUGAUCAUACAUAUGUGAUUGAAAACGGUUUUGGAGUUGCUGAGAAUCAUUAUGCCAAAUGGUGA